UAUUUUAUCCUCCUUGGACAAACCCAUCAUAUUCUAUAAUAAAAGUUGAAUCUAGGUCUCACUUUGCACCACACCUCAUCAACAAUUUGGGAUCAAAACCCUUCGAUUGACCUUUCAUUGCCAAGAGAUCAUUUUCCAUUACCAUCUAUUACAUAAUCAUUCUAAACCACUUCAGCAGACCCUUGGAUUUUCUUGUUUAGACGCCUCUGUUUUAUCUUUUCUUUUCUUUUUUUUUUCAUUUACAAGGAUGAUCAAGGUUUUUUUUUUAUAAUAAUAGAUAGGGCCUAAACAAGACUCUAAGCCGAGCCCGAAAUCUGCUGACAUUCUUAGCGGGCUCCCAUCAAAACGGUCCCGAUCAAACCGAAAUUUUUGCAUUUCCCGCUUUCAAUUCUAUUUCUUCCAGAAUACAAAUCUUCUUCAGUUUUUAUUUUUAUUUUUUGUCGGAUUGAAAUCUCAAUCCCUCCACUGUCUGCACAGCUCAAAUUUCAUAUUUCCACUGUUUAAGACUUUUUCAACGGAUCCGAUUUAUUGUUUUUAAAUCUGAAGCUUCUUUUGAACACUGAAAAAAAAAAGCAAUAAAUUUUGUGGGCAAGGGCGAAAAGGCGUGAAAAAUCAGAAGGGUCCCGAGAAUUCUGUAUCAUAAUUGAAUUGUCUGAGGAGAAAUCAGAGAACUGGAGGAGUUGAACUUAAAGGCUCUAUGUUUUAGUGCUUAUUAUUUAGUUGCUGAUCUUUUGAAGUUAAGUGGAGUAAUCAGAGAACUGGAGGAUUUACUUCUGAAAGAUUUUAUGGUUUGGAUGCUUUUUAUUUAGCUGGCGGUUGUUUAAAGAUGAGGCAAAUUUUGUGUAGAGAAGUCAGGAAUCUGUCUUGAACGGCUCUAUGUUGCGUAUGUUUUUCAUUCUGCUACUUUUUUUUUGAAGAUAAGGCUUAUUUACUAGGAAGCUGAGAAUUCCUCUAAAUGUCAGGGCACUGGAUGGUUUGUGCCUGAAAAAUUAUAGGAAACUAGAGGAGCUGGUCAUGGAAAGCUCAGUGUUUAGGAUUUGUUUUAUUCAGUUGCUGGUUACCUGAAGAUAAAGUUUAAAACAUAAUCAAAUGAGUUUUAUUCAGAACUCUGCCAGAGAUUCAAAUUUUAUGUGAAGAAAUCAGGCAGGUAGAGGUUUUACUCCUGAAAUACUCAAGUUUUGAAUGCUUUUUUAUUCGGCUGCUGGUUGUGCAAAAUACAAGUAAAACUUUUGAAGGAGUUCGGCAUUGGGUGUUAGAGGCAUGCCACCUUGUCUUCGCCCAAGUUCAGAUUUGGUCCCUGGUAUUCAAACAGUUUUGUCUGCUCCUUUCUCAAUGGCCGAAUGGCAUUCAUCUACGAAUGAGGACUUAAGGGCCAGUUUUCCGGAUCCUUCGGUUAUGCCUACACCAUCUACUCCUCAGUCAGACUCAUGGGUGAAUUUGCCUCAUAGGGAUGAGCAAAGAGAGUUGUUUGAUCAAGCCCUAGUCGCAUGCUGGAAGGAACUUCCACAGGCACAAGGCAGGCCUAAGGUGCCGAUUAUUUCAGAUGGCAAGACAGUCGAUCUUUAUAAGCUUUCAAACAAUGUUAAGAAGAAAGGUGGGUAUGAUUGGGUUUCUGCAAAUAAAAUGUGGGUAUUAGUGGCAGGGGAUUUAGGAUUUGGUCCAGAAUGUGGGCCAACUCUAAAGUUAGUUUAUGUAAAGUACUUGAAGCAAGUAGACAUUUGGCUGCAGAGACUAAGCAAUUCAACAUUCAAUGGAGCAAGUUUAAAUCUCCAACAAGAGAAGAGGAACGGCCAUCGCUUUUUGUUGUCAGAUCCAGUACAAAAUACUCAAACUCAACAUGCUGAUUCUGUUUAUGGUACUGGACUUCCAGAAUCUCCUAUUGUCAUAUUGGACAGUAAUGAACCCAGUGAUGACUUGCAGGGGACAUAUAAUGGUAAGAGAAAGUAUGAUUCAUUUUUAGGCUUAUUGAAAUGGAUUAAGAGGGUUGCAAGAAAUCCCUGUGGUUCCAUUAUAAGGCAAGGUGUGGAUUUCUCUAGCCACAGUGAGGAGUGGGUUCAAGAAUGCUGGAUUCAAGCAAUUAGGGCUCGUGCAGUUUUAUGCCUUCAAAAUGAGGAUCGUCUUUCUGGGGAAGUGCUAUAUGGCCAGAAGAAGCAGAAGGUUCAUCCAUCACUUUAUGAAGAGUCACAUACAGCCAAUCAUCAACCUUUAGACAGAUUGAGGGCAACUGAUAGGCGUUUAGCACUAUAUGUUUCUUCUGCUUCAACUAGCAUGGAUUCCCAAUCUAUACAGUAUUUUCCAAGGUCCUCUAAUGUUGGUAAUAGCACAUCUGUUUCCAGUUUACUUUAUUUAGAGCGUAUAUCAAGGAGGAGGAUCCCAAUCAGCCCAAACAACCAGGCUAUUGUUCCUUCUUGGAAUGGCCCAAAGAAAUGUGCUGGAAGUGGGGAUAGUAUUUCUGUUGAAGUAGACUUGAAUUUGGAUGCAUUUAAAUGGCUAGGUACAAAGGUUUGGCCUCCAGAAGGUGGUCAAAUGAUGGUAAACAAGGACAGGAUUGGGAAAGGUAGACCUGGUAGAUGCCUUUGUUUUUUCCCUGGUUCCAUAGAGUGUGUUAGAUUGCAUAUCCGAGAAGAAAGAGACAAGUUGAAGUCAGAGUUAGGGUCUGCCUUCUUUUCUUGGAGAUUCGAUGACAUGGGGGAAGACGCCUCCAUGUUAUGGACACCAGAAGAGGAGAGGAAAUUCAGAGCAUUGGUUAGACUUAAUCCUGUUUCACUAAAAAGGAAUUUUUGGCACCAUCUAUCAGCAUGUUUCCCCUCCAAAAGCAUGGAAUUGCUGGUUUGUUAUUAUUUCAAUGUGUUUGUUUUAAGACGGAGAACACUUCAGAAUAGGGUUAAGCCGGAAAAGAUAGACAGUGAUGAUGAUGAAUCUGAAUUUGGUUCUGUUGAGAACUUGAAUAUGGAUGGACUUGUUUUGUCUGGAAUGAGAACUGGUCAUCUGUUGCCAAGGGGAAACUAUUCAGGUGAAACGUCUGGAACUUUAAUUUGUCAGCAAAACAUGCAGUACAAUGAUUUUGAUGUCUUUGGGGGACCUUUUGAAGGCGGUCGGAAUGGAAAGGACAUCCAAAAUGAACAUGGUGUACAGCACUUGCGUUACAAUGUAGCAGAAAGGGGCUUAAAUCAGGGUGGGACAUAAGCAUAAUGUGUCAAUUGUGUGUUCUUUGAUUUAUUAAGUUGCCAUCUUGGAGGUUGAUAGUUGCUUCAGAUUUGAGUACUGAUGGUGGAAGAAUGGUUGAUUAAUGCUUGGAUUCACUUGAAGUCAAUAUCCUGGAAGAAUGUGAAGGAAGCAGAGAUCCGCUAGACAUAUUAAGCCACUGCUUGCUGUCAAUGACUUGAUGGUAGAUGAGUAAGAUCCACAAUGGUUUUGGUCACUGACAAUGUACUGGAAGUGUACAUCUCCUUGGCAUUGCAGCCAUAUCUUAGUUAGUGUCUGGGCAGUGAUUGUCCUCUGGAAGUCGACUGGGGAGAUGCUCUUUUAGUUGGAAGAAAAGCAACGUCUUUCUGGUUUGACAUUCGUGAUUUGUGCUUUCAGUUGGAGGACUGAGUUUUGUGGUCUUAUUUAGAUGCUUCCAUAGUACAGCGAUAUUGAAUCCAUUUUGGGAAGAUCCUUUUGAAGAACAAUGGUUAAUUCCUCCAAUUGUGGAGUGUCCAAGCAUUAACUGAAUUCCAUUAGUCUACUUUCAUUUGUUUAUCGGUUGAUAAUUACUGAGAUCAAAUUCUUUCUCAUAUCACUAAAUGAUAUCUAAGAGGGACGAUGUUAUAAACUAAUCAUCUCCUUUUAAAAACCUCCUAGAUAUAUUCGAGUGUAUGAGAAUGUCGUUCACAGAGGGCUUGUUUUGACACAUGAAUGUGACAUUUGACAACAUGCAAAGUUCUGUUUAUAUACUGAAAGCUUUGAUUAAUUGGAAAGUCUGACUAUUGUUGUUUAUUGAAUCAAUAAGAGACAGAGUUCAAUCA